AUGAAGUUCUCAACCUUCAAUAGUUUAGCUUUACUUACUACCUUAGCAAAAGGUGACUUCAAUGUGGGACAAGGUUGUACUCCCACAAAGAUUGAUCCUGGUUUGAGAGUUGACUUCUAUGAUGACGUAGAAUAUAGCGCUGUUCCACUAGAUAGUCAAGACCCUGGUAAAGAAUUCGUAGACUAUCUUAACAAUAUAGCUUCAAUGACUCCCAAUGAUAGAGUCAACGGUGUUGAGGACAUAAACUUCAAUGUUCAAGAUAUCUCAAGUGACGAUCCUGAUUUACGUUUGUUAUAUGGGAGAACUACAAAUUAUCAUCAUUUUGGUUUGAGAUAUUCUGGUUACUUGUACGCUCCUCAGACUGGUAACUAUACAUUCAGUAUCGAGAAUGUUGAUGAUGCUGCUGCAGUAACCAUAGGGUCUGGUGCUGCUUUUGCUUGUUGUGAGGAACCUUCAACAAACAUCCAAAACUACCAACUACUCAAUUACGGAACAAUCAAUGGGAAUGACUAUGGUGGGCUGCAAAUUCGUCAGAAUUCAACAAUUUUGCAAGGUGGCCAAUAUUAUCCAAUUGAGAUUGUUUAUUAUAAUCAAGCACCAAAAGGUGCGGUUAUGGAAUUACAAGUGACCUACCCAGACGGUUCUGUCACUAAUACUCCAGAAUAUUAUUAUCCAUCUCCAAACGAACAACCUCAAUGUAUUUCAGCAACAGUUACAAGUACCACAUUCUGGACUAAUCCUUACACAUCAACGUACACUGUUACACCUUCCAGUGGCAUUACCGAAUCCAUUAUUGUAGAAGUGCCUCAUCCAUCGACCACGACUAUUCCAUGGACAGGAUCUUUCACUACUAGUUACACCACAACUCCAUCUGGUCAACCUCCAUUGGUCGUCAUCGAGACUCCACCUCCAUCAACUACCACUGUACCUGGUACUAACUCAUUUACUACCACUUA